ACAACAAAAAACCCAACAACAAAGUUCUAUUAGUCUGUGUCGCUAGCCGCACAACACCGCUGACUGGGUGAGUGAUGGAAGAUGUGGGCGUAUUGUGGUUCUCGGUUCUGCGGAGGUGAUGGGGUGCAAUAACUGAGCCUGGCGAUGCCCUUCUUGUUGGCUCAGAGAAGUUAAUCAGCUUGGUAGAAUCGCACAGCUGACGAGCGGAGGAGUGCAUUGAGCCUGAGCUGUGAACGCCCACCCUCUGGCUGCAAAACGCUUCCCAUCCUGCGGAAAACCAAGACACGCGUGGACUCUGAGCCCAGCAGCGGCGGUGGGCGCAGGGGACUCUGGUCGUGCAGCAGACGUCGCUUCUUACGGGAGUGUAAGGCAAUAGGGAACCUCGGCCCCGGACUGAUUGGAGACCCUCAACCCGGGAAUCCUAUCACGGGGAGAAGGGUUCCAACGCACGCUCCGCCGCAGGGGGGCGCCCCUGGCUGGCCGCUGCUUGGCCAGUGGUCCCCGCCACAGAGCGCGUCGCCUCCAAGAAGAUGUCGCUGUCCGGCAGGGAGCGUCCUGCUUGGCCAGGGAGUCGCCUGUCCUGGUUGCUAUGCUGCAGCGCCCUGUUGUCCCCAGCCGCCGGCUACGUGAUUGUGAGCUCGGUGUCCUGGGCUGUCACCAACGAGGUAGACGAGGAGCUGGACAGCGCAUCCACUGAGGAGGCGCUGCCCGCGCUGCUGGAGGACUCGAGUAGCAUCUGGCAGCAGAGCUUUCCGGCCUCGGCGCACAAGGAGGACACGCACCUGCGACCUCGGGGCUCCGCCCGCGCCAGGCCCGCACCGGCCGCGCGUGGCAUGUUCUCCUACCGGCGGGAGAGCGGCUCAUCUGAGGCAUCCCCUGGCCCCAGGGUGCAUGCCAGCACCGCCCGCUCCCUAGCCCACGCUAGCUCCUGGGGCUGUCUGGCCACGGUGUCUACCCACGAAAAGAUCCAAGGACUGCCCUUUGGGAGCUGCCUGGCCAUCAGUGAUGGCCCCGUCCACAAUAGCACAGGGAUCCCUUUCUUCUACAUGACAGCCAAGGACCCUGCGGUGGCUGACCUGGUGAAGAACCCCACAGCCUCGCUGAUGCUGCCGGAGUCUGAGGGAGAGUUUUGCAGAAAAAACAUCGUCGACCCAGAAGACCCCAGAUGUGCCCGGUUAACGCUCACCGGCCGGAUGGUCACGGUGCCACCAGGGGAGGUGGAGUUCGCCAAGCAAGCCAUGUUUUCAAGGCACCCAGGGAUGAGGAAGUGGCCCCGACAGUACGAAUGGUUCUUCAUGAAGAUGUGGGUAGAACACAUCUGGCUUCAGAAAUGGUAUGGAGGUGUAUCUGACAUCCCGAGGGAGGAGUACUUCAAAGCAGCUCCAAGGAAGGCCUGAUAGUAACACAAACGUCUUGGGGUUUGCAUCCAAAUGAAGACCUUUGAAGUAAAGAAGCCAGACAGUCUCUGACUGCCGCCUCUUUGUUUGAAGGGUGCCCAGCUGCCCUGUCACCCUACAGCAGAAUGAGAAAAGAUGAACAGGGAGCCUUGGGCUAGAGUUGAGAUUCAUCGGAGUGGUCCUUUGCCGACCCAUCAUCUACACAGGCACUCACACAGAGACGUUUCCGUUUACGCCGUACUCAAUCCAGACACACCCAUUUGGAAAUCGCGGUUGUCAAAAUGGAAGUGGUAGUUGCAAAUCCUGUCCUUUAAAAACAAACAAACAAACAAACAAACAACGCCUGUCUGUAGCAUGUUAUUGCCUUCUAUCACGAGAACAUUGUGUUGCUUACCAUCCACAAGUCCUGCUUUGGAUGGAAGCUUGUUGCAUAAAAAGAGCUGGGCGUGCAUCACACAGCGUGGCUGUGGGGUUGGGACAAGGUGGGAGGCUUUUUGUCCGAAGGUUAUUCACUAGGUCACUGAGUUGCAGAUGUGUUUUCUAGAAUGUACAGGUAGGUCACUUGGGGAACCUUUCUCCCACUGUGGUAUAGCAAAUAGACUAAGCACAUGCAGGUUUGUGCAUGGCCUGCUCUGUGUGAGCAGACUACAGCAGAACAUUAACGAGAAUGAGGUAGCUUUGCCAUUGAGCUUCCAGGAUUCCCACUGUUCAUAUUUCCGGUAGAAAGUGCCCCUCUACUGUUCAGGAAGUGUGGUGUUCAAGGUAAGAAGAGCCUCCUUCCGCAUGGUGUAGCAAAGACAGAGGGGAGAAUGCAAGGGAGAAGGCAAAGGCAGAAGGAGCCUGAGAGAAGGCUCACUGCCUAGCCUCAGGCCAGACCCUCAAUAGAAUCACCUCACUUAAGCCCUACCCAGUCAGAUGCUCGGCUUGGUGUCUCCUUCAGACCGGGAGGCUGAGGCUUAGAGAGCACCAGUGAGCACCCCAAGCUCAUUGUGUGUUCACCGCACACAGUGGGCAAGAAGCUCUCCCUGUGAUUCCAAUAUUUAAAAUGUGUUACUGAAAUGCACAGAGGGUCAUCAGACACAGGCUGUGAUUUUAAAGGACAAUGACUAACUGGCCUGCUGGGGUAGGGAACAUGCUUUGAACUUGUUCAACAAACCAUUUACAAGAGUUCCUGGCAUUUGGAGGAUACUAAAUUGAAACUGUGUACUUACCUGAGGCCUGACUGGACCAGAGCACACACCGCCAAGGCCAAGUUUUCUAACUUUCCACAAUGACAAGACAUUCUCUAUGGUGCAUCAGGUAUGUUGUAUAACAUAAAAACACAUCACCAACAUAGAAAAUAUACACAUUCUUAAAAUAAUUUUGUUUAACAAAGUAAGGCACGAACAGAGCUUGUGUUGUUAAAACCUAUCUAAGUACUAAUUACUAGAAACCUAGCAGAGCUGCAGAAUCCUUUUUUUAUUUGACAUAAGCCAGUUCACAAGAGUUCCCAGCAAUCAUUAUUUCUAAUACAUAAUUAUAGGGUGGCUUUGUUAGAGGUAUUUCCUAUUUCCAGGGUUUAAAUUUAUUGCUACUCCCAAUUUAGAAGAAGGUGGAGGGCCGGAAGAACAAGCUGCAGGUUUCAGGUACUCCAUAGGUCAACCUCAGACAUCAGUCCUUGAAGCACCACUGCCUCUCAUGGCUUCCUCAUCAUGGCUUCCCAGACCACCUCACUGGUACCUUUUGCUAUGUUAGCUUGUUGUGGGUUAGUUCCUUAAGGGCUCCUGAUGCGUCAAAGGCUUUGAAGAGCAGGUUCCAAUUAGAAACCCCGAAGAGCAUUAUCAGCUAUUUAUCAAAAUUACAAGAAAUGAAAUCUGAAUGGUCUGAA